AUGCGAAGUAACCCAAGCACUCGAUCGACAACUAACAGUCUGUUGCCGAGGUUUCCCUUGCGACCUUUGGGAAAGAAGAACUUUGUUUGGUGUCGGUAUGGAGAACUUCCAGAACAGAGUGCUGUCAAAAAGCCACCAGAGCAGGAAAAAGUCAUGGGAGACGCUGUCCAGAGAAACGCGGCAGGAGAAGUCAUUACUCUUGAUCAAGCAGAACUCGAGAGGGCACGCAAGUUUAGAAGCAGUCUUGUUCAAGUUGGGCGUAAAGUAGUGGAGUUCGUACUUUUCGGAAUAUUUAUUACUCUUAUGAUGGUUGUGUGUUAUGGCAACAGAGGAGUUGAAAGAUUUAUGGUCACUCAGUCCAUGGACGACUUAUUUCAGACGUUUAGCAAGGUAAACAAUGUCCCGUCGUUCUGGAAGUGGUCGAAGAAAGUUCUAGUGCCCAACCUUUACAAUGUCGACUGGUACAACGGCCGCCCUUUUCAAUACGAAGAAGGAUUCCUUAGCAACCGUGCAGCUUUCUUGGUUGGUAUGCCGAGAAUGCGACAGUUACGAGUCAAAACAGAGAAAAACUGCUCAAUUGUGAAGAAUGAGCCCAUCCUGGCAAGACAAUUCUCGAGAUGCGUUCCAUUCUACACCGGUGAGGCGGAAAAUGUGUCUCCAUACAACAGACCAGGAUGGAUUCCGGUCCAAAACGCCAGUGUCUUCUACUCAGACUUUGAACUCGACAAGGAGUGCCCCAGACCUUGGCGCUAUCGGAGACCCGACGAUCUUCAGUUGAGACCGUACGGUGGCCAGAUGGCCACGUUUGUAGGAGGUGGUUACAUAGCCGACCUUGGAUACAAUUCUCGCACUGCACUAAAGGUUAUCGGGGUGUUAGAAAAUGAUGACUGGAUUGAUGACCGAACGGUUGCAAUUUUUACGGAAUUCACCAUUUUUGAACCUUCUAGCUCGCUCUUUUCUACGAUUAAACUACUAUUUGAAAGGUCCCCGACCGGUGGAUCGAAUGUCGCGAUGACGAUAAAGACCCUUUCUCUCUACGCUCCGCCCGAUUUCCGAUCAACAUUCCAGAUUUGUCAGCUUCUGCUCAUGAUUGUUCUCAUCGUCUUCUUCUUUGCUGAGAUCGGAAAACUUCGUCGCGAAAAAUGCUCAUACUUCAUACAGAUAUGGAACUGGCUGGAACUUCUGCAGAUCACUAGCACCAUUUGCUCCUUGGUGUUCUUCUUCCUCAAAGAGUCGCGAACGAGCCAGUACGUGAAGAAACUUCAGGAGAAUCCCUUCGAGACGUCAAGCACCGACAAUAUUGAAUACUUAUCUGAUAUGGAGACCUACGUGCUUGCUUUCGUUCUCUUCAUAAUCACAAUAAAGUUUUUGAGGCUCAUCAAGUUUAAUCGCCACGUUUGUCAAGUCAUGGGAACGUUGCAGCGAGCAGCCACGCAAGUUUUGUCCUUCAUGAUGGUGUUCGUUACGAUUCUAUUAGCCUACACCCAAGUUGGGUUUUUGGUGUUUUCAUCGAAUGUCGAUGCGUAUAGGUCCUUUUACAGCUGUUUGCGUGCCAUGUUGCUGUUGCUUUUUGGAGGUGACAUGCGCUUCCAAGAGCUGAAGUCCACCAGCAGAUAUAUUACACCGGUGUUUGUAUUCGGUUAUCUGUCUUCCAUGGCGAUGGUUCUUUUGAAUAUGUUUCUCGCCAUCUUGAAUGACUCUUACUACGAAGUCAAGAACGUUGAAGCUGGUGAUUCGUUUGCUGAUGCAGAAUUGGGAGCAUUCAUGGCUGAUUACACCAAGGAAAAGAUCAGCAAACUCAAAGACGAAACCUUUGAGCUUAUAGAAGGCACGAUUGAGAGCCUCAUAAGCUUUGUACGGAGUAAAAAGCGACAGCAUGAGCAUGAAGAGGAGUUUCCUCCAGAGAAGGUGGAGCCCGUAGGUGGAAAGAUCCAACUGGCUUCGUUUGAUUCUAUGGAGGACAUUGGAAGCUACGAGGACGAGGAUGUGGAAGAUGAAACCCAUCCUCUUUCAAAGGCAGCAUCCCUGAACAGUAUGGUUGACUAUAGUGUAUCACUCACCGAUCUUAAAGAAACCAUUCUGCAGAUUGGCAGAGAAAUGCGCCAAUCCUUGACGUCUCUUAGAUCGGCCGUGAGCAAUCACUCACUUAACCAACUAUCAUCACGGUGUGACUAUACCCUUUCCCUUGACUUACUCGCAGAUGACGACGAAACAUUGAACUGUCAACACAAGCCGUCGCCUUACUUUUCUGCAUUUGGAAGUUACCUCGAAGACAUUUGGCAAAAAGAAGAAGAAAGAAGAAAGAAGGAAAGAAAGAAGAAAAGAAAGAAAGAUCGCCACUAUCGCCACUACAAACGAAGACAGAAGCUUGCUAAGAUCGACAAUUACGAGAGACGCCACAUGCUUAGGCCAGCGGUUCAACGCGAGGCGGUUGUAACGUUUUGGUGAAAUUAAACUAAAUUUAUACAACCAUAUUUUAUUCAUAAAAGCUUGAACGUUUAGACUAGAGGUGACGAAUGGUGAAACCAGUGACUCGCGGAGGUGCCUAGUCUCCGAGACUCAUCACGAAAGAUUCCGAGAUUUUGAGAUCUGAUCCAAAGUUUCGGAGACCCAAGAUCGUUUAAAUACCAUUCGCAAUCCUUAAUACUAGUAAAAGCUAGUAGAAAAUAUAUAUAAUUAUAAACGAAAUAUGAUUUCUGUUUUCAUAAAAUAAUAUAAUACAGAAAGUAGGAUCGCUUCAAUUCAUUAUCAAAGAAGUGAAAUAAGAGUGAUCGAAUCAGAUCGCCCACGUACGUGCAAAAUUACAGAUUAAAUAACUAAAUAAACCUUCAUACCGCGUGUUGGUGAUCAAAGUUAUUGUACUUGUGACUUAAAUCUUAGGUCCACAAAAGACCAGUGUAUGACAUUUGCAGCCUGCAGAGUACAGAACGCAGAAUGCAGACU